AUGAGCAAAAAAAGUUUGCAAAAAUUUGGAGUACGACAGAAUACCGUUGAAAGGUUUAUUUUAGGAAAUAAAUACAGGAUUCCAUAUUUAAUAAUACCACAAAAGGCAUAUUUUAAAAUUGUAAAAGUUAUAUCACCAUCAAUAAUUAUUGUAAAAUUAUUAAAUGCCAUAACUGAAAGUAUAAAUGAAUCUUUUGAUAUUCUUUAUCAUACCAAAUUAAAUAUUGAAGAUAAAUUUUAUGGUAAUAUAAAACCUUUUUGUGAUGAUAUUUGUGAAGGAUUUUUAUUUCGUUACUGCUUAGCACCAACAGGUGACAAUAAAUAUGGAAGGGGAAGAAUAGUUGAGGAGGCUUUUCAGUUAACAAAUAAUGAAAUAUUGGAUGCAAAAAAAUUUGUUAAAGUUUUUUUUAUUGAUACAGGAGAUGAAGGAUGGUUUAAUGUUGAUUCAUUAUAUGAAAUACCCAUAGAAAAAUAUUUGAUUCCAUGGCAAGUUACGAUAGUUUCAUUAAAUGGUGUCACACCAUCAGGAGAUGACAUUAAAUAUUGGAAUGAAAAUGUUUGCCUAGAGUUAGACAAUAUUUUGAAACAAUUUUCAUUUGUAGAAAUUAUUAAUACAAAUGUAAAUAUAAAUAUCCCAAAUAAUAUUACUUCUGUUAAGAUGAUAGGAUUUUGUGAUGCAAAAGAAAUAAUAGGUGAAAAUAUUGCAUGUAAACUUUUUUUUAAAUUACCUUCUUAUGUAAGAUAUACACAAUUUUCUACUUCAAAUAAUAUUUUUGAUACAUUAAAAGAAAUUUCUAUAAAUAAUGAUAAAAAAUUAUUUAAAGAUAAUAUUCCUAUCAUUGAAAGUUUUGAUGAUUUAAGAUUAAAAAUAGAAUGUAAAUGUGAAAAUAUUACUUAUGAUGAAAUAUCUAAUAAUAAAGAGUUAAAGAUUACCAAGUUAAAAGAAAAAAAGAAACAACCUGAUGUAAAUCUACUUAUUCAAAAAGAAAUAGGAAUAUUAUCUUAUGAUACAUUUUAUAGUGAUUAUAAAAAAAAUGGAGAAAAUUUUUAUGAAUCACUUAUGUUUUAUUCACCACAAAUACCAAUUUGGACAGAGGAGUUACUUGAAAAAUUUAAUUAUAUUGGAACAGAUAAUAAAAUGUACCUAGAAUUACUUCCAUUUGAGGAGACAUCUUUUGGUGAAGAAAUUGUUAAAAAUCCACUUGAAAUGCAUGCAGCAAUGUUACGUUACCAACCAGAGGAUGUUGUCAUUCGAGAGGAUACAUUAUAUAAUACACUUGAAUUGGAGUAUUACAGUGAAAGAACAGCAUUUCAAAAAAAGUUAAAUUAUUUUUAUUCUCAACCAGGUAAUAUAUGUCCAUUAAAUCAGAUGAAAGUUUUGAAAGAUUUAAAUAAUGGAUACUCUGUUUACGGAAUAUAUUUUAGUUCUAGUGAUUGUGAUAAUUUUAUUGCUAAUCGUAUAGAAGUAUUAUCUGUUGAAUUGGAAAAAGAUAUUAAUGAUAACUUGCAGGAUAAAGAAAUAUUAGUUUUAGAAUAUCAAGAAUUAGAUAUAAUGGAUAAGAAUACUAAAGGUGAAAUAGAUACAAAUAAUAAUAAUAAUAUAUUUAAAUCUAUAAAAAUACGUUUUCUUGAUUAUGGUGGUAUUGUUAUUGUUACACCAAAAUUUUUAUCUAAAAUUCAUAGUCAAUUUUGUUUUUUACCACCAUUUUCAAUUCAGAUUAAUUUAAUUCCAUUGACACAAAAAAUUUGUAGUAUUGCAUCAGAAGAAAAUAGAGAAUUUAUCUUACAAUAUUAUGAUUAUUUUAAUGCAGCAAUUGACUUAAAAACUCCAAUGUUAGCCAUAUUUGAUUCACAUCAAGGAACUUUAAGAAAAAAAAAUAAUGAAGAGUAUGUUCCAUUUUUUGAGGAUAACUGUGAAUGGGAAUAUAAUCAUGUUAUUAAUAUUUCUAAUAUGCAAAGAUUAUUUCCUCGAGGAAUACCAAUAGAUAUGACUAUUGAUUCAUAUAUAAAUUUUUUAGAAAAUAAUAAAUAA